UUUAUGUUCCCCAUCACUUCAUUUAUAGCCUUACAUUUCUACUCUUCUAGCCAAUCUUUCGAGCUUGCACAAACUUCAUAUCCAUUCUCGUAACAAAACCAAGUUCUUUGGUACUUACUAGAGGAAUUAAUUCCAAUAUUAUGGAAUCAGUUGAAGAAGUGGUGAUUGUAGGAGCUGGAAUAGCUGGACCAAAAUCUAUAGGGCUUCACAGGCUUGGAAUUCGAAGCUUAGCGUUGGAAUCAUCAGCCAGUUUGAGGGUCACAUGAUUUGCUUUCACAACAUGGACUAAUGCUUGGAGGGCAUUAGACGCUGUUGGUAUAGGUCACUCUCUCCGACAACAACAUGGAUUCCUCGAUGGAUUAGUUGCUAGCUUGUGGGCAAACCUGGUAAACAGUUAAUCAUUGACUGCAGAUUAGUUGCUAGCUCUACUGUUGUGGGCAAACCUGGCAAACAGUCGUCUUUUAACUUUUAAGGUCAAAGGGACUAAUGGAGACCACGAGGUUCGUUGUGUGAGAAGAAAAUUGUUGCUGGAAGCCCUUGAAAUGGAACUCCCAGAUGGUACCAAGGUAAGGUACUCCUCCAAGGUGGUUUCUAUUGAGGAAUCAGGCUACUUAAAGCUGGUGCAUCUUGCUGAUGAUACCAUCAUCAAAACCAAGGUAUUGAUUGGUUGUGAUGGGGUGAGCUCAGUGGUGGCAACAUUUAUAGGCUUCAAGAAGCCAGCUUUUGCCGGCCGAUCAGCUAUACGGGGUUAUGCAGAUUUUAAGGUUAAUCAUGGCUUUGGCUCCAAGUUCCUGCUGUUCUUUGGCAAAGGGGUUCGAUCAGGUUUCCUCCCUUGUGAUGAUACGCUAUAUAUAUACUGGUUUUUCACUUACGUUCCCACUGGCCAGGACAAAGAGCUAGAGGAUAACCCCACGGAGAUGAAGCAAUUGCUGAGCAAACUUGGAAAGGUACCUGAUCACGCUAGGACAUCUGUGGAAAUCACUGAGCUAGAUAGCAUCACAUCAUCUCCUUUAAGGUUUAGGCAUCCAUGGGACGUUCUAUGGGGAAAUAUAAGUAAAGGCAACGUUAGUGUAGCGGGUGAUGCUCUCCAUCCCAUGACACCAGAUAUUGGCCAGGGUGGGUGUGCUUUAGAAGAUGGUGUUGUUCUAGCUAGGUGCCUCGCCGAGGCUUUGAAGGAGGAGUUAAAUGUGGAAGGUAAAGAGAAAGAGAGAGAAGAAUACAAGAGGGUUGAAAUGGGGUUGAAAAAAAACGCAGCGGAGAGGAGAUGGAGAGGUUUUGAGCUCAUAAGCACUGCUUAUAUUGUUGGUGCUAUACAACAAGGUGAUGGAAAAAUAAUGAACAUCUUGAGAGAUGCAAUUUUGGCUAAAUUUCUUGCUGGACUGCUACUAAAGAAAGCUGAUUUUGAUUGUGGAAAGCUCAAUAUUUCUUGAUCCCACUCUUGUCCUUGUAAUCCGUAAAAUCUCUUAUUAUGAAUUAAGAUCCUGCCGUGUUUUUCUUUUUGUAA